AUGAAGACAGAGAAUUUCUCUGCCGUGACUGAAUUCUUUCUGGUGGGGCUUUCCAGAUACCCAGAGCUCCAGCUUUCUUUGUUCAUGCUCUGCCUCAUCAUGUACCUGAUAAUCCUUCUGGGAAAUAGCCUCCUCAUUAUCGUCAGCAUACUGGAUUCUCGCCUCCACACCCCUAUGUACUUCUUUCUUGGAAACCUCUCAUUCUUGGACAUCUGUUACACUUCCUCUUUCAUUCCACCAAUGCUCAUCAUAUUUAGGUCUGAGAGAAAAUCUAUCUCCUUUCUUGGCUGUGCUCUACAGAUGGUUAUCUCCCUUGGCUUGGGUUGCACUGAGUGUGUUCUCCUUGCUGUAAUGGCCUAUGACCGGUAUGUGGCCAUCUGCAAUCCACUGAGGUAUCCCAUCAUCAUGAACAGGGUGCGAUAUGUGCACAUGGCUGCAUGGUCCUGGGUCAUAGGCUAUAUGAUCUCCCUGGUGCAAACAACCAUGGCAAUGGUAUUGCCUUUCUGUGGGAAUAAUGUCAUUGACCAUCUUACCUCUCACCUGACUGUGGUCAUUUUAUUUUAUGGUUCAGCCCUUUUUAUGUACAUGAAGCCCAAGUCAAAAGACACAAAGAUAUCUGAUGAGAUCAUCGGACUGUUUUAUGGAGUUGUAACACCAAUGUUAAACCCCAUCAUCUACAGCCUGAGGAAUAAGGAGGUCAAGGAUGCUGCAAACAAAGUUCUGAAUCGACACCUGCAUAUGAUGACUAAUGAUGAACAUCAUACUGAAGACCAACUCUUUGGAGACAGACAAAAAACAGAGAGCCAAGAAACUGAAACUUCACCUCACUGGCAGCAAUGA